UUAAGCAUUUAUGACAGUACUCAUGGAAAUUGGUGGACUGGAAAACCGAAUUGGUUUUCAUCUUAUCAAGAUGUUAAGUUAGCCACUCGAAGUUGAGAUUGUCUAUGAUCGAGUGUAUGUACGUAAGUACGUAACUGUAACCAAGUGCGCAGUUGCAAAGCUGAAAUUGCUCUGUUCGAGACGAGUACGGCAACGCUGAGGGGAAACGAAUGUAUCUCCCCUUAUAUUCAUUUGAAAUGACGUAUUUCUCCCUUGUAAAAGGAAACAUAGAAAUUGGAUGGCAACCUGUGAGACCCAGUGUAUUCUGUAAGUUCAGGAAAAGAAGAUUAUUCAAGAAAACGGAGAACUUAAAGAGAGAGAGAAGUGGGAGGGGGCCUCCCUUGAUGAAUCCAGAAAAGAUGAUGAGGACAAACAAAUGCAGGUUAAUCAUCCAAUCAGCCAAGGAUGCCGAAAGCACUAAGAGAUUGUUGAUGACUUUGCUAGUUGUCAGAGUAACCAGUGACCUGAUUUCCGGUUCGAAAGAUGACGUUCGGUUUUUAACCACUGAGGGGGAGGAAUGCAGACCUGAUAAUCGGACCAUUUUCCUGAGUGCUUCGCUUGUCAUAGAUUUCAUCGAUUCCUUUAAGGAUAGCUAUACUUCCAACCGUCUCGGCGUGACUUGGGAGGUGGCUGAUAUCAUCUUCCCAGACACAGAAAACGACCAUCUCCCAAUUUGCAAUCACGAGGAGCAGUGUUUUGACGUCCUUCCCAACAUCACCGAGGGUCACCACGACCCCCCUACAUCAGAAGAGGAUCUUGAGUUGACACUGAUACAGACCCUUAGUUUUUCCCAAAGAUAUUCGACAGCUUUAGAAAGUCUCAUCAUGGACGAGAUUUUCUACGAUGAAACAUUCACUGAACAGAUGAACGAAGCCAAACUCAACAUGGACAAUCUCAGCGCAGAACUGGAGAUAGCUGUCCUAAAAUGUGGUCUCCUGCCCGACGAGAAGCUCAUUCAGGACCUCAUAAGUAAAACCUACCUUGGAGUUGCUUCCCGUGAUGUGAGAGCACAGAGAGGGUUCAGGUCCUUAAGGCAGUGUCUCAUUGGGAUGUGGUAUAUCAGGGACAUGUUCCCAGUGAAUGAAGAACCAAAUCAGUCAGACAGUGCGAGUUUUAUUGGCUGUGAAAAGUUAGACUGAAAGCAUUGUGUCCCUCUUUUUUUCAGAGGAAUAUAUAACUAAUAUUUAAUUGUAUCAUAAACUGUAAUUAUAGAUUUGAUUAUGGACAUAAAGGAAAGGAUGGUUAUGCUGAGUAGGAAAAAAAAGUUUUUUGCAUUGUAGCUAUAGGAUAUGGCUCCUUUCAAUGAUCAGGAAAACACAAGAGUAAAAAAUUCUUUCCCAUAGUAUAUCCAUGACAAUAAUUUUGCUCUCUCAACAUUAAUUCGUGUUUUUUUAAAGUGGAUUUCAGUAAAAUGGUGGAAAUCUCAGAAUUGUAUGUAACAAAAAAUUAUAAAGUAUUGGAAAACUUUAAUACAUGUGCUAUUUCACGUUUAUUCUGAAAAUAACUAUGAAACCUGACCAAGUGAAACUCUAGUUCUCUGCUCUAGUACACACUAGUAGUCUUAGUAGUCUAGUCGUAUGAAUAAGCGUAAGUGUAAUUUUGUUUCCUUUUGUAUAAAUGAAUUAGUCACCAAAACAUUAACGUACAGUAAAAUUCUGGUGUUCUUGAGGAAAGCCAAUGAAGGCCAACAAAACUCAAAGGGAAAUGUUUUAAAUGCCAUAUGUGCUGAUCUAAGUACAAUUUAGCACUGAAUUUACCAAGUCGAAUUAAAGCAAGUGCAAUGAAAAAAGAGAAACCUUGCCGUUUAAUUCAACUUUUUGAAAGCGUAAGCACAACUAUGGAAAAGUUGCUGAUCUGUAAAAAGUAAUCGUUGAAUUAGUGAGAUACCGAUUAGCCUAUCAUAUCUUUGGAGAAAACAAGUACCUAGCCUAAGUACUAAGAUGCACCGUGAACUUAGAACUUCAGAUAGCCUAACAAUUACCUGGGGGCUAGGGUUUUACAGCCGUGAAAAAGGAUUUGAUGUUUUGGACUUGGUUCAUAUCACUGUAUUGGCAUGUCACUUAUGAUUAACCUACAUUUUUGUAGCUUA